CUUCCCCUCCCCGCCCCGGCGCCGCGGCUGGCUGGGCGUGUUCCCCGCCGCGCACCCAGAGCCGGGGAUGCGGGCGGCCAGUGCGGGGCGGGCAGACAUGCGGGGCUGGAGGCUCCUGUCCUUGGCGGUGCUCUUCGCCUUCGUGGUCUCUGUCGCAGGCGAUUUUGAAGACUUUGACUUAGUACAUGCAUUAGCAACUACAAAGCAGCCUGUUCCACCUAAGAAGCCACCACCAGACUAUGAUGAUGAUUUCAGCUUGGAACAUGCUCUUCAUCCUGAUGACCCCAAGCCAAGUCCGCCUGCAAAUCCUAGAGACACUGAUAAACCCAAGCACGGUCCACGUGCACCUGCAGACACUGGUGAUUUUGAUGAUAAAGAUCUAUUGGAUAACAGUUCUCCAGGAGGAGGAGGAGGCAGCAGCGGUGGCAGCAAUGAGCGAAAAGACUCAGGUCCAAAUAAAGUCGAAGAAUCUGAUGCUUCUCAGGGAGCAAUAGCUGGAAUUGUAAGUGCUGUGGUUGCUACUGUAAUUGGAGCAGUAUCAAGUUUCAUUGCUUACCAGAAGAAGAAACUCUGCUUCAAACAAAGCGCAGAUGAAGAGAAUGUGAAUAUGGAUAGCCAUCGGGGAGCACAAUCUGAGCCACCAGUUCAGCGCACACUUCUAGAGAACUAAGAGCACAUGAUGAAGAAAAUACCAUUGAAACUGGAUAGAGAGCCUGUAUUCUGCCUGGAGGAAAAAAAAAAAAAAAAGAAACAAAAAAUCACAGUCUGAAGUUGUAUGAGAAAACAGUUUUUGUUUGAAACACCUCUGGAAGUGUGACUUAGACCUGAGUACUUCUGUGUGGUUAGCCCUGUGAAGCAUUGCUGCACACCUAUAUAUGGCCUUAAUGACAGGAGUCUAGAAGUAUGUUGUGCCUUCACAUUCUUCUCUGUACUCCUGUGACAAAUAGGUGUGUCUCAAGUGCAUUCAGUAUGUUUAACUUUUCCUUACCUCUCCAAAAACAAUAAGCAAUUAGUUUUAUGUUACACCAUUGCUUUCAGGCAGUGCAAACAUUUUUAAUAUCCUAUGCAGUGAGUGUACCAACCAGAUAACUUGAUAUAUGUUGUGGGCACCUGAGAGUAAAUGGCUCACUGUGUUGGAAUAAUGGAUCUGGGUGUAGCUGCAUGGGUCGGCCACCAGGGAAGAGAUACUUGUUCCUGAGCAUCCAAGAGACAAAAAUUCCAAGUUUUGGGUUUGCAUUUUUUUUCAUUGCAUCUGUCUGGUACAGAUUCAGAACACCCAAACUAGUGUAGAACUCCUGAACUGUUGCACACAGACCCUUCAUCCUAUCUGACUCUUUCUGCUUAGCAAGUACUGGCCUGGUCAGAUGUGGAAAAGCUUGAUUUGCAAAUCAGAACUAUAAUUGGAUUUUGUACAUGUGGUUAGAUUAAUGUCUCAGGAGUAGUGGAUGAAAUGUUGGGGAGUGGAGAUUAUUAUCUCCAGACUUCCAUAACCAAAAACUUAACAGAAAAUAACAUCAUACUUUGGAUUUGGAAGGUUUAUCAUAUACAGUUGAAAGACAGAAACUACUACAAUUCCGAAGUACUUAAUAGGAAGACUGACCAGAACAACCCAGCCUCACUCCACAAGCAUCCAUUGAACAAGUUAAAUAGCAUACAUGUGAAGAAUGCUUUUGGACUUGUGAAGGAUUGCUGUUGGGAUGAGGACCUGUGAUUACAUCCUCAACUGAAAACACUUGUGAGCUUUGUUGUGGCUCUUGAAAGCCACAGGAAGGUUUCAAGGUUCUGUGGUAACAUGAAAAACUGUGCAACUCAUAACAGUUAAAGGACUAAGUCUGGAAUAUUCUAAUUCUGUCUGGAAGGAAUAGUCUGACCAGUUCUGUUGGCUUUCAUUCUAAUUGUUUCCAAUUUUCACACAAUUUUGCAGUAUGUGUCCUACUAGUGUGCUUCAGCCACCUGGCUAAGUUCUACAGAAAGGUGACAUUUCAUAGAACAUCUUAGAAGUCUUUAUGAAUUUGGAUAUUAAACAUGUAAAUAUGUCUGUGCAUUCAAAUAUGAAUGUAUGCCAAGGAUAAUUCAUUUAAGAAUUUCUUGUAUAUGUUUCUUAGCUUGCAACAAAGCUUUACAUAGAUUUUAGUGUUUUGUUAUAGAAUUAAUUUGUAAACCUCUUUUUACCCCAUUUAAGUUUUUGGUAUAAAAGUGAAAAAACCUUUAAGUGUGUAUGAGGGUGGAAAAAUGAUUUUUAUAUAAACAUUUGGUCUAUGUAAAUACAAAGAAAUGAAAUGUACUGCUUACCUGCAUGAAUGAGCAGGUAACUCAUAUCAAUGCCAAAUGUAAAGAAAGAAAACAGAAAUAAGCCGGUGUUUGUUAGGGAUAGAAUGGCAGGGGAAGCUCAAACUAGCUUUUGGCUAACCAGACUCUUGAAUCCUUCUUCAGCUUUUGCAAGCCUAAAAAUUACUUAUUAAAACCUCUUAUCAACCUUGUGAUUUUUCUAAAAAUAAA